GAUCAUAUAAUAAAAAAAAUUCAUUCUUGAUUAUAAUGAUCUCCAACAAAUUAUUUCUUAUAUUUUUAUAUACCAUGGUUGUGAUUUUACUCUUAUAUUUCUUAUCAAAAACAUCUUUUUUACAAAUUAUUUCAAGAUAUUUAAGAUCAUUUGAAUCCAAUUUUCAUGUGUAUCAAUUCUACAAAAUUCCACAAUUCAAUGAACAUUUUCAAGAAAAUCAACUCUACCGUCAAGUCUCCGCUUAUCUCGGCUCGUUGCCUGCGAUGGAAGAUUCCGACUUCACCAACCUCGUUUCGGGUCCGAAGUUCAACGAUAUCACACUCCGUCUCGACGCGAAUCGACCGAUUGAAGAUCAUUUUUUAAGUGCUAGAGUGUGGUGGAGCAAUGAAAAAUCUGAAAAAACUUUGGUGUUGAAGCUUAGGAGAAAAGAUAAGAAGAGAAUUUUGAGGCCUUAUUUGCAGCAUAUUCUUUCAAUUGUUGAUGAGAUUGAACAAAGAAAAAAAGAGAUCAAACUCUACAUGAAUCUUGAUCAAGAAAACGGACGGUGGAGAUGUGUUCCGUUUACACAUCCGGCCACCAUGGACACGGUGGUUAUGAAUCUUGAAAUGAAAAACAAGGUAAAAGCUGACCUUGAAACUUUCUUGAAAUCAAAACAGUAUUAUCAUAAACUCGGACGUGUUUGGAAACGGAGUUAUCUUCUUUACGGAGAGUCCGGAACGGGGAAGUCGAGUUUUAUUGCAGCCAUGGCUAAAUUUCUCAAUUUUGAUGUGUAUUAUAUUGAUUAUUCUAAGGUUAGUGAUGAUUCUGAUUUAAGUUCGCUUCUGUUACAAACCACGAGUCGGUCCAUGAUCGUUAUCGAGGAUCUUGAUCGAUUAUUGACGGAUAAAUCGAAGUCAAAGUCUAUAAGUUUAUCCGGGGUAUUGAAUUUUAUGGAUGGAAUCGUUUCGUGUUCCGGAGAGGAACGAGUUAUGGUGUUUACGAUGAAUUCUAAGGAUCAAAUCGUCGAUCAAGCGGUAAUGAGACCAGGGCGGAUUGAUGUUCAUAUACAUUUUCCGCUAUGUGAUUUCGCUGCGUUCAAGAAUUUGGCGAGUAGUUACUUGGGAGUCAAGGAACACAAGCUUUUCCCUCAAGUAGAAGAGAUUUUUCAAAGCGGAGGACCAAGUUUAAGCCCUGCUGAGAUUGGUGAGAUCAUGAGUUCGAAUCGAACUUCCCCGACUCGGGCUUUGAAAUCGGUGAUUUCGGCAAUGCAAAACAAUAAUAAUAGUGCCAAUACUCAAAGGCUGAGUCAGAGUAGAUCGGUUCGGACGGGUAAUCAUCAAGAGAGUGUAGAUGAAGCUGCUGAAGGAGGUGUGUUUUGUAGAGAAAGUGUUCAUACUGUAAAAGAAUUUGGAAAAUUGUAUGGACUUUUGAGGAUGGGAAGUAGAAGAAAAGAAGAAAUUUUGGACUUGGGUUCAGUAGAUAAGGAGAAAAAGGAAUCAUCUAAGCAUGGAACUUAAUUAGAUUGUUAACUAGAGGUUUCGGUUUCGAGUUCUGAAUUCGGAGUAGCUUUAAAAAUCUUUGUCAACUUACGGGUUCUACCUAGCUCAGUUCCGCUAAGUUGGGACAGUAGUUCCGGAUAUCGAGCGGUAUCGUAACAAAAAUAGAUUAGAUAGGUAUAUAUAGUGAUCAAAUUAAGGUUUUUCUCUUAGCUCAUAGAUUGAAUUUGCAAAUUUGAUAUAUUCUUUAAUUUAUGUAGAAAAAGGUAUG